GGAGGGUGGUGGUGUUGUUUCCCUCCCACAAUGCAUCAUCACAUCAACCUCAGCGCUGCCAUGUUUGUGCUCCGGUCGUGGAAGAGAACCACUGUCGCAUAGACGCUGCUCGGCGCCUCGGAUCACAAACCUGUGUUUUCGCCCGAGUAAAAAGCACGAAAGAUUAAAUGCGACCCACGCGCUUGUAGUCAAGACUGUGAGCGGGACGAAGGGUGCACGAUGUCGGCCAACGCUCAGGAUUAUGACUUUGGCGAAUAUGACAAACCAGGUGCUGAGCGGUCACGUAGGAGGAGAGGCGAAAAUGAUGAUCUCGAGAGUGAUUUGGAAGAGGAAUUGUUGGAGGAUGAUUGGCUCUCAGGUAAAAAGAAUCCAUCAGAAGUCUCAGAUGAAGAGUUAAAUGACGACCUUCUACAAAGUGAUGAUGAUGAUAUGGGUGGUCAGGACCUGAGCGUCAAUGCCACAUACAACAUGGACACAUCCUAUGACCAGCAGGACAACUUGCAGGAAGCAGACUACACAGAUGACAUCGUGAACCUGGGUGCAGAGGGCUGCGAAGAAGGGGAUGUAGGGCAGGGGGGGUACCAGGAAGAGGAGUACACAGAGGAAUACAGCCAGGACAACAACGCUGGGAUGCCUGAAGACCAGAUGGAUUACACUGGAGAGCUCGCAGAGGGUGAAGAUGGCUACCAGGAUGAAGUGUUAGACAUCCAAAUCAAUGAACCCUUAGAUGGGGAAUUUCAAGGUAAUGAAUAUCAAACCUCCUAUGAUGACGAGCCUCUGGAUGAACACGGAGUCCAACAGGAGGUGGCCCCCGAGGAGAUGGGGGGAGAAGAGCAGCAGGAAGAGGAGGAGGAAGAUGCUGCAGAGGGCUCGCAGGUCUUUGAUACAGAGGAGGUUGAAAAUGAAGCUAUACCCGAAGAGGCAACAAAGGAGGAAUCAGAUGAGGAGGAUGAGGAAGAUGAAGAGUCCGGUCGCAUACGGUUCAAAUCAGAGAGAAAGGACGGCGCUGUUGUGCGGUUGGCUGAUGCCGGCAGUAACAGGAGAAAUAUCCCAGAAACACUAGAACUGUCGGAGAAAGCCAAGCAGGAUCUGAGGGAGUUUGAGGAACAGGAAAGACAGAAGAGACAAAACCGCUACGGAGGUCGAGGUAGAGGAGGAGGAGGAGGAGGAGCUCGAGGAAAUAGAGGAAGAGGAGGAUUCCCAGGCUUCGGAAUGGGAGAUUUUAGAGGAGGACACAGAGGAAGAAUGAAUGACCAGAGACCGCUAAUAGGAAACAUUGGCAUGCAGCAGCCGUCCUCCCGAAUGCCUCCUCCUCAUCAGUCUCAUCAGCAGCAAAUGCACUCCCAGCAGCACCACCACCCUUCGCGUCCAAGAGGACCACCUCCCUUCCAAGAGCAUGGGCGCCCACUGUCCCAGCCGCCCCUUCAGCCACUCAUCCCCCUGCACAUGGCUCACCGCUCCCCACCGAUGAGGCCCCAGAUGGAGCCGCCACCACGAAUGAUGAGCUCCCCGCCACCUAACUUCCCCCAGCAUCACCAGCAGCAACCUCCACAGCCCAAAAACAUCCACAUUAACCCCCAUUUCAGAGGGCCCACGUCAUCCUCUGUACAAGUGCCCUUGAUGCCUCCUGCUCAGAGCCAGCCCAGACCUGCUGUGGGUCCUCAGAGGUUCCCUGGACCGGGAGACUUCCAGCAGCACAUGCCUGGUAAUUUUGGUCAGCCCCAGCGGCCACCUCAUCACAUGGAGCCCUUUAGAAACCAGGACAGGGAGCCCCUCUUUAUGACAGAGCGCACAGAGUCAACACGGUUUCCAGGGCAGCACAUGUUUGAUCACCAGGGCCACAGCCCUCUGAUGAACAGCGGCAACAACCUCCACCAGCAGCAGCAGAUGCCCGGACCGGGCCACAUGGGCUUUGGCCCACCCGGACCAGCCUUCAACCAGCCGGGCCAGGGCCCGCUAGGACUGUUUCCAAGAGAACCCCCGAGACCCAACCACCCUCCCCAUCAAGGUCACCAAGGGAUGGUCGGCAUGAAUCAACAAGGUGGUCCCCCUAACCAGCCCAGACCUUUCAUGGGCCCUCGUCAGCCGUUUGGCCAGCAGGGGAGCCUUUUUCCCCCUCCACCGGUUCAGUUUGGAAUGCAGGUACGACUGAGAGGCUUAAUGCACGCUCCUCCUGUCUCCCAGCUCCCACACCACGACUCACUGCCACCCCAUCAGCCCAUGCACCACCACCAGCAGCAGCAGCAACAACAUCAUAGGCAGGAGUUACCCCAUCAUCAUCAUCAUCAGCAGCAGCAACAGCUAAAUCUCGGUGAACCUCGCCCCAUGAUGCACCAUGCCCAGAAUCCCUUCCAUCAACAGCAGGCACACGGAAGCCCCAGGCAGAUGACUCCCCGUCCUCUGAACCCCCAACAGCGCAACAUGUCCAACAGGCAGAGGAUGAACGCACCUGUCUCCAAACAAAUGCAGCAGCGCAACAGCAACCUACGGGAGCUCCCUGUAGCACCUGGCAACACAAACAUGAACAGUGCCCGCAUCGCCUCCUCCCCCGCCGCCAACGUCAGGCCUGUUGCCAAGGCAACACAGGGGGUGCGUCCUGGGCAGAACACUCAGCCAGUGUCUGACCGUGGCAGAGGAAGAGGCCAAGUUGCUGCCAGGACUGAAUUUCAGCCUGGGGGAGGAGGCAGGACAGUUGUUCGCAAGGAAAUCCCUAGCGCGCCACCACAGGACCCCAAUGAGGAUGAGGAGACACGACAGUAUCGCCUGAAGAUUGAGGAGCAGAAGCGUCUGAGAGAGGAGAUCCUGAGGAGGAAGGAGAUGCGAAGGCAAAUGCAAGCUGGUGUCAGAAAGAAGGAGCUGCUGGAAAGACUUAAUUCCCAGACAAACACUCAAGUUGAGGGACCCACUCCUACACUGAUUCAACCUGCACAGCAAAAUCAGCAGAAACCACACCCUGUACAACAACGGCAACAUCCACCACCACAGCUGCAACAACAGCCAGAACAGACACAGCUGCAACAGUUACAGCCACAACCACAAAGACAGUUUCCUCAGAGAACCCCACAACCAUUAAAUCAGUCAUUAAAUAAUCCUAAUCAAGGCAAUCCCAUCCCUCCUAAUGGUGCGGCUCAGCCCCUCACACCACGUCCCAAUGUAAAGACAAGGCUGCAGAUGGUGAAAGGCAGCACCCCGCAGCCACAGAUACCCGGGCCUGUUCCCAACCAGCAGUGGAACCAGCCCCCACAAAAUCAGCUGCAGCUGCAACAACGAAGGAUCAGUGGUCCGCAGAACGUAAACAGACCUGGCGGUCAGAUCCAGAAGAACAUACCUGUAAUUCCUGUAGUGGGUUCUGGCCAGGCUCAGGAACUGGCUCAGAGUCAAGGACCAAAACCUGGAGCUAAACGAACUGUGAUGCAGCGAGCAAAGAAUUCUGUCGACGAAGGUCAGCAGGUGCCACAAAAAGUCAGAGUCGUCAAACUUUCAGGAGCGAAUGAAAAGGGCCCUGAGGCCACCGGCGGCCAAGCGCAGCAACAAGGCAACUGGCCGGCAACUGCUACCAACCAGGGCGUCCAAAGGAAGGUUACCAUGGCAGGACAGCAGCAACAGGGACCAGGCGGAACACCGCAGGCUGGCCGAGGGGGCAUAGGCAACCAGCAGCAAAACAGGGUCGUUGUGUCGGGCCGGGGCCGAGGUAGAGCGGGUGGUCAGAUGGGUCGAGGGAGUCCGGUGCCCACCAGACAGAGCCAAAGAGUUGGAAAAGGCGAAUGCUGCACUGUGUCCAUAGAGGGACUCUCCUCAUCCACAACUGAUGCUCAGCUGAUGAACCUUCUCAGAUCCAUCGGCCCCAUAGAGAUGUUCAAAAUGAUGCCCCAGCAGAGGAAAGCAGUCGCCACAUUCUCCAGCGCCCAGCACGCAGAAAGUUUUCAAAUAAGCUUCCAUCGGCACAUGAUUGAUUUGUCCCACAUUGAUGUGUCGCUGAUUGAUGGAUGAGGGGCACGAUAGAGCCAGAGAAUCCUGUUGAAAGGCGUCACUUUCCGCUGACGUGGGCGCCUGUCGUGCACGGCUCCAACUUGACACAGGAGUAUUUCUUCACCUCACUCUCAAUCUACGUCUGCACAGAAGCAUCGCUCGUCCUUCAUCUCUGAACAACUUGGGACAAUGAACAUAAAGACAUUUUGCUGCGAGGCCGCCUCUGUGCGGCCACCGAUUGUCCGUUGUUGUAAUGUGGCACUGGAGAGACACUGGACAGUAAAUCGUACAUUGAUGUAGUUUGUGAAGAAUCUUUUUGUGCAUCUUACACGGACACUUAGUAGAACAAAUCAUGAUAAUGGUUGCGCCCCUCCUCAGUGAUAUUCACGAAAGCAAAGUGCAGAACGACACUCGAAACACUAAUGUGAAAAUUCCAUCUUUUAUUUGUAGCUCUGUGUUCACAUGCGGUGGCGGCAGCGGCGGCGGAUAGUUAUGGUAGAUUGUGCCCAGCCUUUUCACGUUGCAGUGUUCCUCUUCUCCUGUAGAUGGCAGUAUUUCAUCACUAUUGGGACUUUUUUUUUUUUUAACCCAACCGCCUUCAAGUAGAGAUGAGUCUUAGAGCAGUUUUGGGGUGAAUGGCGCUACCUAGUGGAGAACUUGCAUACGGGCACCGUGGUGGCCUGGGUUGACAUGCAGCCGUGUCAGAAGCUAAAUUAGCACAAAAUGUCAUUCUUUUUUUUUUUUUUGAAUUCCCAGCAGUCCUGGGGGUUGUGACUGUAUUUUUUGCGGCGUGUUAAGUUUCAAGGGAGCUUCUAGGACAAAUUGUUCAUAUCAUAUCUCUCGUUUAAGUUGGUACAUUUAGUCAUUUGGCGUUUCUCUCUGUUAUGAGGUCUUUUAACUGUUAACACCUGGACGCAUUUUGUAAAAUGCUUAUUUUAGUUGUGUGUCUGGAUUUUCGAGUUGAAGUGAGCUUUGUAAUUUUUGCUGUGUGUGCGUUGAGGGAGUGUUUGGAAGUUUCUUUUAGGUUUUUUUAUAAUGACAAGUUAAAAUAUAUUGUUGGUGAAUUAAAUAUUUGUGUUAUUUGGUCGAUCAGAGAGAAUUGCUCGCAGUUCUUUUCAGGAUAUACACACGUUUCUUUACAUUAUUUCAGCUUGGAUAUAUAUUUGGCUUUCUCCUUUCAGAAGCAACUCCUCUGAAUCUGUGUCAGGCGAUAAUUUGUUGUUUUACCGAUGAGCCGGAUAAUGAACCUGGAAUAGCACUUUGAACAUAAACACUGAAAUAGUCAUAUAGGUGUUUGAGAGAAAAUAAAAUAAAUUCACCCAAAAAUACUACACAACAUGUUAUAGACAUUCACUGUAGGUCCUGGGCUCUAAAUAAUAACGAUAAUGAUGAUUAUCUUUAAAGGCUAAUUUUUUUUUGUGUGUGAGAACGUGUAAUUAACAGGCAAUUUUUCUUUAAGUCACAACAUUUCGUGUUUAAGAUUGGUCAAACUGGAACAGAUCGUCCUUUAUAUUCAAAUAUUCUUCAUACCCGGUUUACAAAUAACUAAAGCCCAGAAAGUGAAUUCUGUACCUAGGUCAUUUGGGAUGUGGCGCAGGAAGGUGAGGGGGCAACCAUUAUCUUCAUAGUGAUCAUGUACAUAAGUAGAUCAGAACUUGAACUCAAUAUUUAUCCUGUUCAUUUUUUUUUUUUUUUUAAUUUCUCCUUCACUAAUAUUGUAACGAGUUAAACCUUUUUAUAUGUAAGGAUAUGCUAAUGUGUCCAGGCAUAGAUCAUUUUACAAGUGUUUUGUUUUUUUGAAUUUAGAGCCAAAAUGACUGGACCACAUUUCUGUUUAUAAGACAUUUGAAAUCAAAUUAUAGGGAAAACAAGAAAAUAAAAAUAUGGCCAAUAUACCGUGAACAUGCAGGUAUGUAAAGCCGGUCAAACUUUAGCCCAAA